AUGGUAUGCCACGCUGGUGCAAUGCUCCAAGCACGUCAAUUAGGUAAGGAACUUUAUGUUGGAGUCCAUUCAGAUGAAGACAUUUUAGCCAAUAAAGGGCCUACGGUUAUGCGGUUAGAUGAACGUAUUUGUGCUGUUGAUGCCUGUAAAUGGUCUACUGAAGCUGUCCCUGAUUCCCCCUAUGUAACUGAACCCUUAUGGAUGGACAAAUACGGAUGUAAAUAUGUCGUUCAUGGUGACGACAUUACUACUGAUGCUAAUGGGAAUGAUUGCUACCAAGAGGUAAAGGAUAUAGGACGUUUUGUUGUUGUCAAAAGAACUCCAAAUAUCUCUACUACUGAUUUGGUUGGUCGUAUGCUCUUGUUAUCCAAAACCCAUCACUAUCGUAAGCUUAUAGGAGAAGGAGACAUUGAAUCUCACCCGUUAUUGUCACGUGACAAUAUCAUUAGAUUUCAACAGUAUGCUACUGAUUCCACAGGGUUGGCUCCAGGAAGUGGAGUAUAUGUGUUUAACGGCACUAAUGUCACUAAAUUGGUGGCACCAAAAGAUGAUCUCAGUGCUAAUGUUGCUAAUGUUAAUUAUGUGGACGGAGGGUUUGAUUUAUUCCAUCCUGGUCACGUCGAAGCCUUACAUGAGAUAAAGAAAAGAUACCCAACCACGCCUUUGAUCGUGGGGAUACACGACGAUGCUACCAUUAACUCUGUGAAGGGCUUGAAUUACCCCAUCAUGAAUAUGUUGGAAAGAUCUUUAUGUGUGUUACAGUGUAAAUAUGUUGAUGGAGUGGUGUUAGGGGCUCCGUAUGAACCAACCAUUGAGUUUAUUAGCAUAUUAAAGGAUCAAUUGAACAUUAAUGUCGUCAAAUUGUUCCACGGUCCAACUCCAAUUAGAAAUCAUGCCUAUGAUAAGCUUAAAGAUCUUUUAGAAGAAAUUGGUCCUCAUGCUUACGAUGAAAUGAAUACGGAGUUUAUUGUCCGCCGUGUUCUUGAUAAUCGUAAUGCCUAUGAAGAAAGACAACGGAAAAAAGGUUGGAAGAGUGAACUAGAGUUGAAACUACAACAAGAAGAAAAGUCAAAUAUGUCGUAA